CGGCAAAACCGAAAGGCAGCUAGUCGCGCGCGGUUCUCGUGUUUGUUGCACGUCAGUUUUUGGCUACCCCAAUUAGCGGCGGUCAGUUCCAGGUGUGUGUUGCGCCGGUCUUUUGCGGAGUGGUUUCAGCGACACAACCUCUCCCCCCCGUUCACACACGCAAAAUAAGGACAUAAUAACUUAAAGCAAAAAAGGGAAAUGAUUUCAAGCGAAAUGAAAAAAGAACUCUAUUUCCCGCCAUCGUCUGCGAGUACGACGAGCGGUUGGACGGCCGGACGUCGUCGAUUUGCCGAUUGGUUGCCAUGGAAACUGUUUCAAGAUCAAAUGAACCCCGCGAAAGCUAAUCAUGGCUGGUUCAUUGGAAGAUAUGCUCGUGAAUGUCUACACAUUCUACCGAAAUUGCCCGCCUCCUUCAAGUGGCCAGUCCCGCCCAUGUCCGUCCUCGAAUGGCAUCAAGUAGAUGAAUCGCUGAGGGAGCCAGGUAUUUAUUACGGCUAUCGUCCGGAAGUGUCCAGCUGGACGGAAUGUUGCCACAGUCUUUUCACGGCCAACAACGAGACGCUCAAUUUUUGGACGCAUUUUUUCCCGACCGUCUUCUUCAUCUGGCGCACCGUCCAAUUGGCCGACCAGUGGAACAGCAAGUCAGACGGACUCGAUUCCGAUUACGCUCAACCCUUCCUGAUUUACAUGUUCUCGGCCAUCUUGUAUCCGCUCAUGUCGGCCAUCGCUCACGGCUUCUCGGCGCUGAGUCAUCGAGCGCGGGCCGUUUUGUUCUUCAUGGAUUACGCGGCCAUCAAUUUCUACGCUUACGGUUCGGGACUGUUGUACAGAGCUUACGUCUUACCUGACAGCUGGAUGCAGAUGGAUGCCAAUAUUUAUUUAGGCGUGUGCGUUUUUCUCUCCUUGGCUUCGACGACGUUGACGUGCACGAGCCGCGCAAUCGUCCGUGACGUCGUCGCUCAACGGCUCAUGAGAUUAGCCGCUUUUACUUUGCCCUACAUUUGGGUUUCGAUUCCGCUUUUCGUCCGUCUCUUCGAUUGUUUCUGGUACAUGGAAGGAUCGUCUUCGUGUCCGACUGCCGACACCCUCAGGGCAACCAAAUUACACCUGUGCCAGGUGAUUGUCGCUCUGCUGGCCAGCUUCUGUUACGCCUCUCACUUGCCGGAGCGCGUUUUACCGGGCAAAUUCGAUUACGUCGGACACUCGCACAAUUUACUACACAUUUGUGGCGUCACUGCCACCUUGUUUCAAAUGGAAGGUGCUCUCAUCGACAUGGACGUGCGUCGUUCUCAUUUGAUUGACAAUCACUUGGCCAUGAUGGAUCCGUUCUGGGACCAAUGGGUUCCUCUUGUCGUCCUGCUGGGCCACGUCCUGCUCAUCGCCGUCUUUGGUCUUUACAUUUACUGGAACGAGCCGCAAACGAUCCCCGCCUGCGAUAAAAAUAAAAAGUGUCAUUAAAAACAAAUAAAAUGAUGACGUUUAGCCUCCAGCCUUUAUUUUUGUAAGCAAUGCCUCCCCACCAUUUAAUGUGUUAUUAUUAUUUUGUAUAUAUAAUAAUUUUCAUUUUUAAACAUCACUUGCCAAUUGUGUAACCUCACACAGCUUCCGAAAAAACUUUUGUUUUUUGGGGGGGGAUUUGAAACAUGCAGAAAAUGGAAGAAUCUAGAUCAAAACGAAAAAACAAAAACAAUUAUUAUUAUGCCAAAAAAUGUGUCUUAUCAAAUCUAUUAAUAAAGAUAAAACCUUUUGAUGGCUUCCAUUGCGAUAAUGUGAUUGUGCAACUGAAAUUAUGACAUGAUUUCAAAAAGAUUAAACAACAGCAUUAUUAUUUCACUGCGUGUGUGUGUGUGUGUGUGGAUGUGGUAUACAUACAAAUAUUUGCUGUAAUAACGAUAACUGCAUCAAUAAAAUAGAAGAUAAAAACAAAAA